AUGAAGAGGGAUGGUGCAACUGGUGAUGAGAUUGUGGAAGCUUUAAUAGCAAAUAGCUCAACAUUUGGAAAGAAAACUGUCUUCUCACAGGAGAACAUUUGUGAGACAUACUUCAAGAAAAGUCCAGCUCAUAUAGGGUUUAUGCGAGUUGACACACUAUCUCUCUUGUUGUCUAUGGCAAACAUUGGUGCGUAUUCAGAUGUGCUUGUUGUUGAUAUGGUUGGAGGUUUAGUUGUUGGAGCUGUUGCUGAACGCUUAGGAGGUACAGGAUAUGUUUGCAGCACAUAUCUUGGUUCAGCACCCUGCUGCAUCGACAUUAUAAGAAUGUACAAUUUGAGCAGUGAUAUGGUCAGCAGGAUUGUUCAGGCGCCACUUAGUGACCUAUGUUCAAUGCAUAGUUCUGGGAACACCCCUUCUCUUCUCAAUGGUGGCGCUGAAGGGGAGAUGCAAGUUGACACAGCAGUGUCAGAUGAGAAGGCACAGUUAUCAACAGAUCAGCCAACUGAUAUGGAGGUCUCAGAGCCUUCGUUGGAUGAGCAUCCUGUUCAAGAUGAAAACUCUUCAUUAGAUGGCAAAGGCAGUGAUGGUGAUUUAGAUGCUUCAAAAUCUUCUAAAGCUGGAAAAGCACCAUCACCAGAGAAGAUGAAAUAUUGGAAGGAACAUGGCUUUAGUAGUUUGAUUGUUUGUGCCCCUGGCCACGAAGUCGAGCGUCUUGUCGCUGAUCUGCUUCCACUUUUGUCUUAUUCAGCUCCAUUUGAUAUAUAUCAUCAGUAUCUUGAUCCUCUUGCAAAGUGCAUGCACAGCUUACAAGUAUCAAAGAUGGCUAUUGGAUUGCAGCUUUCUGAACCCUGGCUACGUGAAUGUCCUUCCAUCGCGCAUCCAUCCACACAUGCAAAUGAAUGCGUUUGCCGGUUAUAUCUUGAGCGGCAUAAGGAUACACAAUACAGAUUGUAUGAUAGCAAACGAUCUAGCUAUCAGUCUGCUUGCAUGUUGAAACCAGUAUGCGGUUACCAGACAUACGUUGCCAUGCUUACAGUUACAGAGAAUGACACCUGGGAGUAG